GGCGGCGCGUGGCGGCCUUAGGCCCCGGAUGUGGCUGCGGCGCUGUUCCUCCCAGAUUGUCUGAGCCGGGCCGCGCGCCCCGCUGCCCUCCCUCGCUCGCCUCCCGAAGGCCCCUCGGGCGCGUCGGGAGGCGCCCCGGCGGCGCGAAGCUGAGGUCCUUUGGUACUGAAGACCGUCCCACAGAUAGGCCUGCUCCCCCAAGAGAGGAAAUUUAUGAGUACAUCAUCUUCCGGGGAAGUGAUAUCAAAGAUAUUACUGUAUGUGAACCUCCAAAAGCCCAGCACACACUCCCUCAGGAUCCUGCUAUCGUUCAGUCUUCCUUGGGCUCUGCCUCUGCCUCGCCCUUCCAGCCACAUGUGCCUUACAGCCCCUUCAGAGGGAUGCCGCCCUAUGGCCAGCUGGCAGCCAGCUCCCUGCUCAGCCAGCAGUAUGCCGCUUCCUUAGGUCUAGGAGCUGGUUUUCCAUCUGCCCCAGUUGGCAAGAGCCCCAUGGUGGAGCAGGCUGUCCAGACUGGUUCUGUUGAUAACCUGAAUGCCAAAAAGCUGUUACCUGGCAAGGGCACCUCAGGGACACAGCUCAACGGUCGCCCGGCCCAGCCAAGCAGCAAGACCGCUGGUGAUGUAGUCCAGCCAGCAGCUGUGCACACUCAAGGGCAGGUGAAUGAUGAGAACAGAAGACCUCAGAGGAGGCGGUCAGGGAACCGGCGAACAAGGAAUCGCUCCAGAGGGCAAAACCGUCCUGCUAAUGCCAAGGAAAACACAAUCAAGUUUGAAGGAGAUUUUGAUUUUGAGAGUGCAAAUGCCCAAUUCAACCGAGAAGAGCUUGACAAAGAAUUCAAGAAGAAACUGAACUUUAAAGAGGACAAGGCUGAGAAGGGGGACGAGAAGGACCAGGCCGUGGUCACUCAGAGUGAUGAAACUCCUGCUGAGGAAGACCUUCUGGGUCCCAACUGCUACUAUGACAAAUCCAAGUCCUUCUUCGACAACAUCUCUUCUGAACUCAAGACCAGUUCUAGGCGGACAACGUGGGCUGAAGAGAGGAAGCUGAAUACGGAGACCUUUGGGGUAUCAGGGAGGUUCCUUCGUGGCCGCACUUCCCGCGGUGGAUUCCGAGGAGGCAGGGGCACUGGGGCCGCUCGGCGCAACCCGACUUCCCACAGAGCCGGCACUGGCAGAGUGUGAAGACGCAGCCUCCGGAGUUCCUGCUGAGGAGGUACAGGUGGUGCUGCGUAUGUAAGGACACAGGAAGCGUGGCACAUAUGGGAAGUGGGUCCCACUGUUUACUGAGUUCAGCAAAUUCCUGUACUGCUACUUGCGUUUGGACUUAAGUGAACUUGGACGUGGUCUGAGUUAGAGCCACUUGUUUUGGGGAAAGUAUUCCUGGGUAACCUCUUUGAGGUAUCUUGACCUACGUUCCUUUUUGGUUGUGCAUAGCCUAAUUGUAAGGUUUUGGUAUUUUGCAAAAAUGUUUCUAUAGCAAAGGCUUGAUCCUCACUUUGUGACUGUUUCUUUUUUAUGACAGCUUUGACUUUUAAAAUGGAACCAAAUUUCAUUUGGCACAUGUGGCAGCCAAGUGCAUCUCUAACCCAUCUAGUCCCUGGUGCUGCUGGCCUGGCACCCUCAUUGCCAAGGGUGGGAUCUCAGGAGCCACGCAAGGGCGGCCCAGGGUGGGUCGGGUGUGUAGGGUGGGUGGGCCAAGGGCAGGGAAAGAGGGUGUCCCCGUGGAUCAUGUUGUAUAAGUGACGUCAGGGCGAGGGCUGGCAGGGGGUGGGUGGACUGGGUAGUGGAAGGGAUCCCUGAACAGUAGCUGCCGGGUGUUACAUGGAGCCUGGCUUGUGAAGCUGUGGGUCAAAGCGCAGGAUGAGCCCAAGCUGCGUCACCCUGGCUCUCCUGUCCUGCCAAGCCUCUGGCCCAGGUCACUCAGUUGGACUCGGCCAUAGCACUUCAGUGUUCUCAUCCACUUGGAAUUGAGCCAGCCUUUUGGGGGUUUGGGAUGGCGGCAAGGUCAGUUGACCUUAUUUCCUCGACUGUAAAUAGUUCUUGUGUUUUUGUUUUAAAGUGAGUGGAGGGAGGGUGGGAAGUAUAAAUUUGCUGCAUGAAUAAAUGGGUCAGACCUCCAAGUAUAAGCAUGCAUCCUCUGACAGGGCAUUUUGUUUAAAAUACGCACCUUGGUAACUAAAAUUCCCUGAAUAGCUAAAAUGGCUUUAGGUCUGUACUGAUUAAGUUACUGUAAAAGCUUGGGUUUAUUUUUGUAGGCCUUCUUGGCUGAGAACUAGAACAUUAGCAUUGGGGUUGCUCUGUUGGAGAAAUGUAAAUUGUAAUUAAAAUAAAUAUGCAAACCUUUAA